GCGCCCCCGAGGCUCAGCGGCUCGCGCGGGGAAGGAGAGAGUGCGCGCCUCGUGAGAAGGCACCAACGGUCUGUUCUUACAGGGGAAAAAAAAAGAGAAAAUUUCAGCUCAUACAUGGCGAAAUUUGUUUUACUCGACGUCCAGACACAUAUCCAUUCCGGACCGCGGCUCUGACAGCGACAGGCGACGCGAAUAUCUGCAACUCUCAAAGGUUGGAGUUUACCAAGGGUUUUCCUAGCAGUUUCGUGCUUGGAGGCUUGCGAGUGCCGGUGUAGUCGUCUCCGUGGGUGCCGUUUUGUGCUUUCCGGUGGCAGCUGACACUUGUCCCUAUUUCCGAAGACCAGAAGGCCUGUUCUGGUUCCCUACUGUCCGGUUCACCCGGUGUCCCUGUCAGCGCCGGGCCGCCUGCACACUCAACCCGGCGCGGCCUCGCUCCUUCUCAAGCCCCAGGCGACGACAGUUACCUCCCGGGUAGAGCCCGUUACCCACACUCCUCCAAAAUACCUGCCUUGUUUACAACGAACAACGAAACAGGGAAUCCUUGAAGAAAAAACUGAGAAGAUAAACGGGACCCCGUGCGCUGGUGAUGUAGACAGACUGAGCUGUCAUAGAGUUUACCAACAGUUCUCUGAAUUUACAUAUAUUAAGUUUAUUCAUUCACGCGACUGGCUUAUUCUCUCGUGCAUACCCGUUAUUAAGAUAUUAGACAACAGAACGUCGCUUAUAGAAAUUAAACACUGUGCAAAAGGCAAGGCCUUGUCUGCUAACUCCGAUAGCUGCAUCGCUAACUCUCAGCCUAGGUUUAAUCAGCAUCUAAUCUCAUUAACUGCACUUUAUGACUGCUAUUCAUCGCUUACUUUGUAACCAUACAACACAAUAGAGGAGCGAUUUUAAUUUAAAGUCACUGGUUCAACGCACAGUACAGCAUCCUUGCCAAAAGAUCUAUUCAGCAGGAGGAGAAAACAGAGCUGUCAGCCUUUAUAAUCUACUACUCGGUCUGAUUAACUUCCAAUUUGGGAAACAAAAACCGAAGAGUCUUAUGUGUUGGGCUGGUUUCAGCUGACCUUUGCUACCAAAUUUAACUAAGUCCCUCGUGAGCUUUCUUGUGCUGUAACCCCGCUACAUGCACUGAUACGAGAAAGACUUGAUUUAUAUUUUUGUACUAUAGUACAGGAGCCAUUUAGAACAGGUUCGGAUAUCUGCAUAAACCCCCUACUACUGUUGAGACAUGAGUAUUGAGAUUCCAGUCGGUCUGACGGAGCUGCUUCAAGGCUACACCGUGGAGGUGUUGCGCCAGAAGCCGCCGGACCUGGUGGAGUUUGCCGUGCAGUAUUUCACCCGCCUGCGGGACACCAGAAGCCAGGACGGGUCCGGGGCCGCCUCCGCCGCCAAAACCGGGGGGAAGGGAGUGAUGUUUGAUGGCGAGCCGAUGCAGACAGAGUCUAACGGCGACGAGGAUGACGAGGACGAUGACUCAGAUUUUGAGCCUCCUCCCCCCAGCAGAUUUAACCGGAGAGUGUCGGUGUGUGCGGAGGCCUUUAACCCUGAUGAUGAUGAGGAAGAUUCUGAGCCGAGAGUUGUCCAUCCAAAAACAGACGUGCAGCGUUGUAGAUUACAGGAGGCCUGCAAGGACAUUCUGCUGUUCAAGUCUCUUGAUCAGGAGCAGUUUUCAGAGGUGCUGGACGCCAUGUUUGAGGUUCUUGUGCAGCCAAAAGAGCAUGUUAUUGAUCAGGGAGAUGAUGGAGAUAACUUUUAUGUAAUCGAGAGGGGUGUGUAUGAUAUCGAGGUACAGAAGGAUGGUGUGGGCUGCUGUGUGGGUCAGUAUGAUAAUAAGGGCAGUUUCGGAGAACUGGCCCUCAUGUACAACACUCCACGGGCGGCAACCAUCAUUGCCAAUGAAGAGGGAGCCCUCUGGGGACUGGAUCGGGCAACGUUCCGUAGACUCAUAGUGAAGAACAAUGCGAAGAAGAGAAGGAUGUAUGAAAUCUUCAUUGAGUCUGUCCCACUGCUCAAAUCACUGGAGUUAUCUGAAAGGAUGAAGAUUGUUGAUGUGCUGGGUGUUAAAUCAUUUCAUGACGGAGAGCGUAUAAUUAUGCAGGGCGAUAUGGCUGAUUGCUUCUACAUUGUGGAGUCUGGAGAAGUGAAGAUUAUGAUGAAGAGUAAAACAAAAGCAGACAGACAGGAUAAUGCUGAGGUGGAGAUCGCUCGCUGCAGUAGAGGGCAGUAUUUUGGAGAACUUGCUCUCGUCACUAAUAAACCACGUGCUGCCUCAGCCUAUGCUAUAGGGGAUGUCAAAUGCUUGGUGAUCGAUGUACAAGCCUUCGAGCGUUUGCUGGGGCCCUGCAAGGAGAUCAUGAAGAGGAACAUUGCCCACUAUGAGGAGCAGCUGGUGGCUCUGUUUGGAUCCAGUGCGGACCUGAGGGACUGAGACAAACUGGCCGUGCCUUACGUACACACACACACACACACACACACACACAACACAUAUGUUAUACACUCCCAAAACAUUUUGUAGGCACACAUUCCUUUUUAUGUGCACUCAUUCUUCAGUCAAACAUGCUCACACUUUCAAACCAUACCUCACAAACACACACCUGAUGUCAUUGCAUCAGCUGCUCAGUACGAAAUAUAAACAUUACAAGCUCAACUUCGGUGUCCCUAAACCCACCACAGCCUGGAGAGGACAUAUGCACACACACACACACACACACACACACACAC